AUGAGAGUGUCCGUAAGGGUGUCCGUGAGGGUGUCCAUGAGAGUGUCCAUGAGGGUGUCCAUGAGAGUGUCCAUGAGAGUGUCCAUGAGGGUUGGUCUGAUGGUUGGCCUGAUGGUUGGUCUGAUGGUUGGCCUGAUGGUUGGUCUGAUGGUUGGUCUGAUGGUUGGUCUGAUGGUUGGCCUGAUGGUUGGUCUGAUGGUUGGUCUGAUGGUUGGCCUGAUGGUUGGCCUGAUGGUUGGUCUGAUGGUUGGUCUGAUGGUUGGCCUGAUGGUUGGCCUGAUGGUUGGUCUGAUGGUUGGUCUGAUGGUUGGUCUGAUGGUUGGCCUGAUGGUUGGUCUGAUGGUUGGUCUGAUGGUUGGUCUGAUGGUUGGCCUGAUGGUCGGUCUGAUGGUUGGUCUUCCUCAUCCUGAAGGAGCUGUAGGACUCAGGAACAGGACCGAGGUCCAGCAGCAGUUUAACUUCCACUCCUCGUUUAAAGGUGUUCCUUUUGACGGUGAUGUGAGCGAUCACCACUAA